ACUACACGCCUGGAGGAAAUUCAAAAAGAUCUCCAAAUGCCCACCAAACGUCUGCACCAAGACGUAGCAACACGAUGGAACAGUACCUACUAUAUGGUCGAAAGUUUACUGGAGCAGAAGCGGUCAAUUUCAGCAUAUGGAGCUGACCACGACCUGCCAGUGACCCUUACAUCUUACCAGUGGGCUUUACUGGAGAAAAUCAUCAUUGUUCUGGCACCAUUUGAAGAACUGAUCAGACAGAUUAGCUCCUCCACCUCUUCUGCAGCUGAAGUCAUUCCCUCAGUCACAGUGCUGAAACGCCUGCUUGCUCGGGAGAACGAGGGGGACACGGGUAUAAAAACCAUGAAAACAACCCUUCUUGAGGCUGUCCAGAAAAGAUUCAAGACCAUCGAGAAUGAGCCCUUGUAUGCAGUUGCCACUCUUUUAGACCCACGAUUCAAAGACAGAUACUUCACAGGAGCAGACAGCAACAAGAAUGCCAAGGAUGCUCUGACCCAAGAGGUGGAGAAGAUGGAGGCAGCGUUACUGAGCAGGACCACACCUGAGGGAGCAGAGACAGUGCCAGAAAACUCCCAUAAAGCCCCACGUCUGGAAGCACAGCCAGACAGCAGCAGCAGCAGAAAGAGCAGCUUGAAAGGCCUGUUUGAGGAAAUCCUGCAGGAGCAUGAUGAGGAACGUGGGGCAAGUAGCACUAGCACACAAGUUCAAAAUCAAAUACAGACAUAUUUGACAGAGCAAACGGUCCCACGCUCAGACAGCCCAUUCCAGUACUGGGGAGUCAACCAAAUUCGUUUUCCCACCCUGGCUGCCACUGCUGCAAAGUUUCUCUGUGCUCCUUGUACCAGUGUUGACAGUGAGAGACUGUUCAGUGUAGCAUCCAACAUUAUUGAUGCAAGAAGGAACAGGCUAGGAGGAGAGAGGGCAGAAAUGCUCAUCUUCUUGAAGAAGAAUCUGCCUUUGCUCUUGAAAUUAUGAGCAAUACUAAAUUGCUUAAAUGCUACUGCAAUGUGUAGCCUACUUGGUGUAAAGUAUUUUUUGUUUAAUAUGUAGCUGCUACUCUUUUGAUUUGUAUUUUUGUUUAUGUUUACUUUAUAGGUUGGUGUUGCACUAUUGUUAAAUACUGCACUAUUUGAAGAUUUGAAUGCCUUUUUAUAACAUAAUGGCUGCACUUUAAGUUUUUUUUUUUAAAGGAAUCAUUGAAGUUGCUGUUGGACUACUGUUUUAUACUGUUCUAUUUAAAUGCCUUUUUUAUUUUACAAUAUUGUGGCUGCACUUUAUUAAAAAAAAAAAAAUCCUAUAUUUAUUUAGUUAAGUUGCUGUUGGACUACUGUUUUAUACUGUUCUAUUUAAAUGCCUUUUUUAUUUUACAAUAUUGUGGCUGCACUUUAUUUAAAAAAAAUAAUUAUUCCUAUAUUUAUUUAGUUAAGUUGUUGUUGCAAUACUGUUUUAUACUGUUCUAUUUAAACAUUUAAAUGCCUUUAUUUUACAAUAUUGUGGCUGCAGUUUAAUUAAAAAAAAAUAAUUAUUCCUAUAUUUAUUUAAGUUGCUGUUGCACUACUGUUAUACUGUUCUAUUUAAAAAUAAAUGGCUUGCAUUUCCUCUAUUCAUUCAUGUUUUACAAAGGGUUUAACCUGAGCCAGACCUUACCACAAUGAUAAUAUCACAGUUAUGCAGGCAUAGUAUGAUCUUUUCCUUUUUUUUUAACACACUGGUAUCGGUACUCGGUAUCGGUCGAUACCCAAAGCACGAGUAUCGGAAUCGUUAUCGGGAGGGAAAAAAUGGUAUCGGAACA